AUGGAUAAUGUUAAAAUGUUUUUAAGUAUGCUGAAUAUAUAGAGUACAAAAGAGAGUGAAUGUCAAAAAGAUGAAUUAAAUGAUUCAAUUGAUUUAUAUAUAGAAUCAAAGAUUAGUGAAGUAGAAAUAAAGAUUGUGAAGUACUUACAUGGAAUGGGAGUUUAGACUAAAACAGAUCCAGGUUAAAAGGAAUAAUAAUAUUGGAAUUCGAAAAGACAUGAGAGUAAUAAGAAAUUAGAACAAUUUUGGAGUAGUAACAAUUUAUCAAUGAAUUCUUCAUUAACUCGUUUAUUGAAGAGUAGAUAAUCUCAAACAUUUUAAGAUUUUGGACAGAGUGGAAUAUUUGUUCAAGAUUUUGGAACUUACUGA